AGCAGAGAAGCUCAGGGGCGGGACUCUGGGACCCCAGUGGUAGAAACGCGAAUCCCCCCCCCCCGCGAAGGUGGAACGCAACUUGAAAAUCUCGGAAAGUGGUUGGAGUUGAUAGGACAAGGGCGGAGCUACAGGACCGGGAUCCUGACCAAUCAGGGCCUGAGAUCGGCCGGGAGACCGGGAAGGGGAAAGGGGCGAAAUGGUUCUGUGGUCACAUGCCGCGGGGUCUAGUGGGAGGAGCAGUUGCCCAGAAGACGCCUGGUGCUUCCUGUUUCCGGUUCCCGGAGUGGAGCACGGCGAGGCGCCUUGGGGAACGCUGGCCUUUGACACGAGUUCUGGGUACGGGGUCUGUGGCUGGCCCCUCGCUGGCCCUGUCUCCCAGCCCCAGACAGGUAUUCAGCCAGGGAUUCUGCGCCUUGGCUACUCCCUGUACCCGUGACACGAUGUUCCUCUUCUACAGCUGCCGGAGGACUGGACUGCUCCUGCCACUGCUCCUAGCUGUGGCAGUAAGAGAAUCCUGGCAGACAGAAGAAAAAACCUGCGACCUGGUAGGAGAAAAAGGGCGAGAGUCUGAGAAAGAGUUGGCUCUUCUGAAGAGGUUGCAACCACUGUAUAACAAAAGCUUUGAGAGCACUGUGGGCCAGGGUCCGGACACAUACAUCUAUAUGUUCAGGGUCUGCCGGGAAGCUGGCAACCGCACCUCUGGGGCAGGCCUGGUGCAGAUCAACAAAAGUAAUGGGAAGGAAAGAGUGGUAGGGAGACUCAACGAGACUCACGUCUUCAAUGGAAGUAAUUGGAUCAUGCUGACCUAUAAAGGGGGUGACGAAUAUGACAGUCACUGUGGCAUGGAGCAGCGUCGUGCAGUGGUGAUGAUCUCCUGCAAUCGACACACACUAGCGGACAAUUUUAACCUUGUGUUUGAGGAGCGAGGCAAAGUUCAAGAUUGUUUCUACCUCUUUGAGAUGGAUAGCAGCCUAGCCUGCUCCCCAGAGAUCUCUCACCUCAGUGUGGGUUCUAUCUUACUAGUCACGUUUGCAUCACUGGUUGCUGUCUAUAUCAUCGGAGGGUUCCUAUACCAGCGACUGGUGGUGGGAGCCAAGGGAAUGGAGCAGUUUCCCCACUUAGCCUUCUGGCAAGAUCUUGGCAACCUGGUAGCAGAUGGUUGUGACUUUGUGUGCCGUUCUAAACCCCGCAAUGUGCCUGCUGCGUAUCGUGGUGUGGGGGAUGAUCAGCUGGGCGAGGAGUCAGAAGAAAGGGAUGAUCAUUUAUUACCAAUGUGAUUGCACUUUAAAUGCCCAGCUGCUUCUUCAGUCCCCCAAACCAAAGCAUACUCAGCCAGAUUUCUUAGGCAGUCUCCACUCCAGUCUCUCAUCCCAUCCUUAACAUUGAUCUUGCUUUCCAGUUUGCUUUUGAUUUGCAUUCUCUUCUCACUAGCAGAAAUGCCUUCUCUUUGCUCCCCAUUUUGUUUUUUGUUUUUUUUUUUCUAGAGAGGUACAGUUAUAGGACAGAGAUAAAAAUAAUAGGGCCUGUGCAGAAGAGGCUAUCACACUAUCUCUUGGUAUCAGAAGGUACAAGAUAGUUACAAUGAGCAAAAAAGUGUGGCAGGCUCCCUGAGUCUUUUUUAAACAUAUUUUCACAAGUUUUUGAGACACUGGAUUUCUUCAAUUAAAAAAAAAGGGGGCAAAGAAACAUUAUUUAUACAAGGUUUGAUUGCUUUCAUGCUGUUACUCUGUACCCUACAGUAGUCUCCAUGAGAACCUAGAUGUAAUUUCUUGCUGCUUGGAACUACUCUAUGGUGAUUACUUGGUUACAUUCCAAGUAUUUCUAUUUGGUCUGAGCCUAGGGAUGUUGCAGGCUUGCUUCUUCCACCUCUGGGAUUGGGAUGGGGAAAAUGUUAAUUUCCCACUUAGAGGAUUAUAAAAUACCAUCACAUCAGUUGUUGGCAGUGGAGUGACCUUAUAGCUGGAACUGGACCCUGGAUUGUGGCCUUGUGGUCGUGGACCUUGUAUGGCCAAAAUACCUUAUCCAGAAGUCUAGUCCGUUAGAAAGGGAAAGUGAAUGGGACCUCUUGUGCUAUAGGGGUUUCAGAAAAGGAAGUCUGUUUACCCGUGGUGGGAUCUCCUUGAUGGCUUUCUUCUCCCACUCACAGUAAAAGCUUUAGGCAAA